CAAAGAGAAGACAUACACUACUACUCCUACUCCAUGUGAUUUAAAUAGUACUCGUCUCUGUUAGCUCGUGGAAAACACGAUUACACGUACGUCCACGCCAUCUCCCUUCGAGAGUCAGGUCCACGACGACGCACCAAUAAUCAAGCGGUGGAGCUCCAUCUGAUCAUCUGACUCAGCGCUUAUCUCUCGGCACACUCAUCCCAUCGUUCUCUCACCACGAAUUCACGCCGUCGAGUCGCCGAUUACACGACAAACAAAACACCCGCCAAAUCAAACACCUCCACUGACCGCUGUGGCCUCCUCCUCCUCUUCCACUGCUCUCGCUUUACCGUACCAACCAUGGUGUCCAAGAACUCGGGGGCUCCCGCCUCUACGGCCGCCGGCGAGGCAUCGGAGGAAGCGCUUCUGCUGCCGGAACGCGUCGCCGGGGACCCGGGAGGCGGCGGCGGCGGCGGCGCGUCGGUGCUCGGCGCGGUGUUCAACGUGUCGACGAGCGUGGUGGGCGCCGGCAUCAUGUCGCUCCCGGCGACCAUGCGGGUGCUGGGCGUGGCCCCGGCCGUGGCGCUCAUCGCCGCCGUCGCGCUCCUCUCCGACGUCGCGGUGGACUUCAUGCUCCGGUACACGCGCUCGCGGCCGUCGUACGCGGCGCUGAUGGGCGGCUCGUUCGGCAGGGCCGGGGCCGCGCUGCUCAACGUCUUCGUCGCCUUCAACUGCGUCGGGACCCUCACCGUCUACCUCAUCAUCAUCGGGGACGUGAUGUCCGGCCCCGCGAGCGGCGGGAAGGGGCACGCCGGCGUGCUGCCGGAGUGGUUCGGGCCGCACUGGUGGACCGGCAGGGAGGCCGUGCUGGUGGCCGCCGCGGUGAUUCUCCUGCCUCUCGUGCUCCAGAAGCGUGUAGAUUCACUGAGGUACACGUCGGCCGUGUCCAUCCUCUUGGCGGCUCUGUUCAUGCUCAUCACCAUGGGGAUCACUGUCUACACUAUCUUCAGCGGCACCGCGAAGAUGCCGCGGAUGCUCCCGGACUUCUCCCGCCUCUCCUCCCCGUUCGAGCUCUUCACGGCCGUCCCCGUCAUCGUCCUCGCCUUCACCUUCCACUUCAACGUGCACCCCAUCCGCGCGGAGCUGAGCAAGGCGUCGGACAUGAAGUCGGCGGUGCGCAUCUCCCUCGUGCUCUGCUCCGCCAUCUACGCGGCGGUGGGCUUCUUCGGCUUCCUCCUCUUCGGGGACGACACCAUGCCCGACGUGCUCGCCAACUUCGACCGCAGCUCCGGUUCCGGCUCCGGCGUCCCGCAGGCGCUCAACGACGCGGCGCGACUCAGCUACGCGCUGCACCUCGUGCUCGUCUUCCCGCUCCUCCACUACUCGCUCCGCGUCAAUGUCGACGAGCUGCUCUUCCCGGGCGGGCGGCCGCUGGCCACGGACACGCGCCGGUUCGUGGCGCUCACGGCCGCGCUAAUGGCGGGGCUCUACGCGCUCGCCAUCGCCAUCCCCAGCAUCUGGACGCUCUUCCAGUACACGGGCUCCACGUUCGCGGUCUGCAUCUCGCUCAUCUUCCCCGGCGCCAUCGUUCUCAGGGAUGUUCACGGAAUAGCCAAGAGGAAGGACAAGGCAAUGGCGGCAACGAUGAUCAUUCUGGCAGUGAUCACGAGCAGCAUCGCCAUUGCCUCCAAUAUUAUGAGCUCCAUCGGUGGUGAUGCAAAAGUAGCUAGCUACCAUGUACUGUAGAGUUUUAGGCAGAUACAAAUUCUUUGUAUGUAUGUAUGUAGUUUUUGUACUACGACGGGCACUGCCGCCCCUGCAAGUGUGUAACUUCCUCUGCUUCAGGUUUCGAUGGCAGUGUAGCAAGUUGUAAGCUGGUCGGACGUUGUUGUAUUGUAUAAUACUACCUGUAUGGGCCGGCAGAUACAGUACUGUGUAUAAA